GGCGGAGGAGCUCAGACACAGACAGCGCGCGAGGCAGAGAGCUGCUCUUCAGGGAGAAACGGACACGAGCUAAAGUGAAUACUCACACGUUUACGGAGAGGAUUCGUUCAUUCAUUUAACAUGACUGCGAUGUAACGACACCGUGCCUUCCGUUUGGUCAGUUUGGAUACACUUUGCGGAGGAUGUGUGUGUGUGUUUAAAGUAGCGCGGGAGCUAUUUGAAAAGUAAGUGUACUUUUGUGAAGAAACAGACCGUCAGCGAUGUUUCACAGAACUGGAGAGAUUUAAAGUACGGGUAUAUCAUCUGUGGACUGGGAAUUGAACAUUAACAGCGCGAAACCUCUCAAAAUAGUGAAAGUUUUUUUCAUUUUUUUUCAUCUGUUUGAAGAUUUUUACGCACUAAAUUCUCCUGUUACUCUUUUUUGGGAUAUAAUAACUUUUUAAAUUAAAACUAAAACAACAAUGAAGAAACUUUUCUAGUGAAACAAAGCUUUUCGGAGAACAAUAUCUGCUAUACAUGAGUUAAUAUUGAAAGACAAUGUUUGCUGCCGGUGUCGGACUCAGCCUUGGGCUGCUGUGCUUUGCUGGGUUUUGUUCUGCGAUCAGUUCCAUCGACCCGGACCGGCCAGGUGAAGGAAGAUGCCAGGAGAUUGCCAUUCCUCUCUGUAAGGACAUUGGCUACAACUUAACAGUUAUGCCGAACUUAAUGGGACAUGAAGAUCAAAAUGAGGCAGCCAUAAAGCUGCAUGAGUUUGCUCCGCUGAUUGAGUUCGGCUGUCACAGCCAUCUGAAGUUUUUCUUGUGCUCACUCUACGCACCCAUGUGCACAGAACAGGUAUCCACACCUAUCCCAGCAUGCCGAGUGAUGUGCGAGCAGGCAAGGCAGAAGUGUUCUCCCAUCAUGGAGCAGUUCAACUUUCACUGGCCUGAGUCGCUGGACUGUUCCAGACUGCCAAAUAAAAACGACCCCAAUUACCUCUGUAUGGAAGCUCCCAACAAUGGCACAGAUGAGCCCCCAAAGGGCUCCCACACUCAGUCGCCAGACUCCCGACCCCCUCGGCCAGGUAACAGCCAAGAACUGCCUAUUAAAGAGAGGGUCGGUAAGACCACAUGCAGCAACCCUGGAAAGUUUCAUUAUGUGCAAAAGAGUGAGUCCUGUGCCCCCAAGUGUUACUCCAACGUAGAUGUGUACUGGAGCCAGGGCGACAAACGCUUCUCCAUGGUGUGGAUUGCUAUCUGGUCCAUACUGUGCUUCAUCUCUAGUGCCUUUACUGUCCUCACCUUUCUCAUUGAUCCCCAGCGCUUUAAGUACCCUGAGCGGCCCAUCAUCUUCCUUUCUAUGUCCUACUGUGUCUACUCUGUGGGCUUUCUUGUAAGACUUUUUGUGGGGGUGGAAAAUGUGGCCUGUGAUCGUGACACUGGAGUUCAGUACAUCAUCCAGGAAGGCCUGGAAAGCACUGGCUGCACCAUAGUCUUCCUCAUUCUUUACUACUUCGGGAUGGCCAGUUCCCUGUGGUGGGUCAUUCUUACUCUCACAUGGUUCCUCGCAGCUGGAAAAAAAUGGGGUCACGAGGCCAUCGAAGCCAACAGCAGCUACUUCCAUCUGGCGGCAUGGGCUAUACCAGCCAUCAAGACCAUCAUGAUCCUGGUUAUGAGGAAGGUAGCAGGAGACGAGCUCACUGGAGUCUGCUAUGUAGGCAGCAUGGAUGUCAAAGCCUUGACUGGUUUUGUUCUUAUUCCUCUCUCUUGCUACCUCAUCAUCGGCACUUCAUUUUUACUCUCAGGGUUUGUUGCACUCUUUCACAUCCGUAAGGUCAUGAAGACCGAGGGAGAGAAUACGGAUAAGCUGGAGAAGCUGAUGGUUAGGAUCGGCGUGUUCUCUGUGCUCUACACAGUCCCCGCCACUUGCGUCAUCGCCUGCUAUUUUUACGAGCGUCUCAACAUGGAUUAUUGGAAGAUUCUAGCAGGAGAACAGAAGUGCGCCGAUGACGGUAAAAGUGGGGAAGAGUGCGUGAUGAAGAGCUCCAUCCCUGCCGUAGAGAUUUUCAUGGUAAAGAUUUUCAUGUUGUUGGUGGUGGGCAUCACCAGCGGCAUGUGGAUCUGGACCUCUAAAACACUGCAGUCGUGGCAGAAUGUUUUCAGUCGCAAACUUAAGAAGAAGACAAGGAGGAAGGCUGCAUGUGUUUUCACAGGAAGUGGACCUUACCUCAAGCCUCAUCCUGCACUAAAAGGACACAAAACUAAGUACGAACCAGCAGGUCCUCCUGCAACUUGUGUAUGAGCUGGGUCUCUACGCACACGCAAACAGCCAGAAAUGAAAACUCUGAACUUUAACAAACUGCUUUAUAAAAGGACAAGCCAGCAAAGAACUCCACAAUUCUCGUAUUUAUUAUAUGCAAACUUCAGGUGCAGCAUCCCCAACAAGUUUGUUCAGUUCCUAGUGUUUGUGCUGCAUCUGAAACUUUGCAGACUGGAAUUACAAAACAAAGUAAAAGGGAGUGAGUCCCUUGUGCUGUCAUUGGGAUGCCUAUAUCUUGUCAUGUGCAAUAGUUUGUUUCCCUUAGUGACAGAGAAAAAGGGACUCUGUAGAGCUGUGAUUAAAGACAAUGAAAGGACUCGACAAACAAUGGGUGUGAAUGGCUGGAGGAAAAGCAGCUCCUCUGUGGUGUAGUCGUGUGGCUUUUCUAUGGAAAUGAAGGCUGUGUCAUACACAACUGCAUUGACAUUGGAGUGCAGCUGCUCAAUAAGGCUUUGGCAGAGAAUGAACUGCCUAUUUUUAGGCCUUUAAAUGGAACAAAGUGAAUCUUUAAGCACUAAAUAUUGCCAACACAAUGAGAAAAACCUUGUUAUUUGAGUGGUUUUGUACAGUGAGAUCAUGUCCCUGGUUUGUUUUGUUACACCAAGCUCUUUUUAAUGUCCAUACAUUUGUGUAUAUUUCUAAAGGUCCAUAUUUUAUAAGAAUAAAUAAAACAAUUUAGUUUUA